GUUAAACGGCAAUUUGAAGCUAUCAUAUUCAAGCUAACUCAUAAAAAUAACAAUAACAACAUUCAGUUUUCUGCAGCAUGGUGUCCAGCCAGCAGAAGCGGGUGUGGAGGUACGUGGAGGAGGGCAGUCUACCCAAGCUGAAGUCGUACCUGAGGAAGCACCGGGACCUGGAGGUGAACUUCUCCCAGGGCAAGAGGCAGAGGAGCCCGCUGCACCUCGCCUGCUGCCGGCGAGACGACGCCGUACUGCGGCUUCUGCUGGAGCACGGAGCCGAUGUCCUCCAGAGAGACCAUAAAGGAGACACGACGCUGCACACCGCGGCCAACAUGGCCCUCAAACACGGGAAGACAGCGUACGAUGACCUGGUUGUGCCCCUGAAGCAGAACUGUCCUGAGGCCAUGACUGUCCCGAACCGGGCUGGAGUCACACCCGAGGACCUGCUGGGUUUCAUGAGACUCCCAGAGAGGGCAGCGAACCCGAGCCGUCCACCUGAAGCAGACCCUGAGAAGGAGUGGCAGGAGAAGCUCUUUGGUGAAUGUGAAGAUGAGUUCUCUGAAAUGUUUGGAGUAUACGACGCUGAUGAUUUUCUUCCUGUUGAUGAAGACGAGGAAGAUUUUGGGGACUGGGCCAGUCGUAUUAGGAGAGAAUAUUUCGAUAAAAAGAAUGCUGAAGCUCAAAGACUGGCAGCGUCGUCUUCAGGAUGGAAAAGAAAGAAGAGUAAAGAAGAUAAAGAGCAGGAGGAGCGAAGCUACAAGGAGCUGCAUGAAAAGCUGCAGAGGGAACAUGAAGAGUAUCUGGCUCGAGCGGCACGUAAAGAGGAAGAGACUCGACAGGGCAAGAAGCGCAGGUACGACGAGAAGUGUGCAGCUACUUUCCAGAGUGGCUCCUCAGAGAGCAGCACAAAGCUGAGCUACAGUGACAUCCCCUGGCCAGCUCCCAAAGGUACAGUGCAGGAGAUGGUGGACCUCAUGCUGCACGGUGUGGACCGCAAGGACGUGCCGGUGUUCCGUAAAAUGCUCAAGAAGCAGCAGACGCUGUGGCAUCCGGACAGAUUUGCUCAGAGAUGUGAGGCGCGGUUAGAGGAGAAGGACAAGAAGAGGAUCCUAGACACAGUCACAGCUCUGUCACAGGAGCUCAACAGACUGGCUCAGAGUCUGAGGGCUUAAACCCACUGAAGAAUUCACAAAAAUGGAAAUGUGUGAAUGUAAAACCUACAAACAAACUAUAUUCAAAGUUACGCACGAAUGGCGAUGAUUUGCAUACAGUCUCCACAGCAGUUGGUCUGCUGCACAUGUGGUGACCACAUCAGCUGCUCUCACCAGUGUCAGUAUUUAUUUUUAUCUGGUCCCAUUUUACACAUCUUUCAAUGUUGACCUAUUAAACGCCGUCCAUUAUUUA